AUGGCUAACCGACGGCCUCAGUUCAACCAGCAGUUCCAGGUCGACACGACCCCUCUGCCCGACGAUAUCCCCAAGGUCAAGGAGAUUGGUGCCAGCUCCGCGCCUCUUCUGUCGGCGUCCUACUUCAUCGGUGCCCGUUGCCGCGAAUACAAUGACGACUUCAUGCAGUGCAAGACGGACAGCGCGGGCCGCGGCGAGUUUGAUUGUUUGAAGGAGGGUCGUCGGGUCACCAGAUGCGCCUCCAGCGUGCUGAAGGAUAUCAACACCCACUGCCUCGAGCAGUUCAAGGCUCACUGGACCUGCAUCGAGAACCGUAACCACCAGCUUUACCAGUGCCGACCAGCCGAGUGGAAGCUCAACAAGUGUGUCUACGAGAACCUGAAACUCGAGAAGAACAUCCCCGACCAGCGCCCUGGCGUCACCCCUGUCGAGCUCCGCCACCACAUGAUCUACGCCGACCAAGCCAUCAACACGCUCGAGGGCAAGCCCUUCAUCCCCCCGUCAAAGCAACAAGCAUCGUAG